AUGUCUGUGGAAAAUGAAAACACGUCGGACAUUUGGUCCAACCCCGUGGAUCAUUUUCGUCCCAAUCUCAAGGCACUGACGCUCUACGCUGACUACCAGUACUACGUCGACAACUGGCUGCACGUCAAGGAGCGGUGGCUCUCACCGUGGUACCUGCCGUGGUGGACCCCCAUGUAUCAACUUGGCACAUGGUACUCGCAGCGCAGGAGGAACCUCUUCCUGGUGGAGAACCAUCUCAGUUACCGGCCGUACAAAUAUCGCCGUAACGAUGAGGACCGCAAGAACCCGUAUUAG